GGGCGCACGGCCUGGGCGGAGCGUCCCGGCGGCGCGCGGAGCAGGGCCAUGGACGUGUACCGCAGCCCCGCCGCGGCGCUGGCCAGCCUGGUGGCCCGCCGCCUGCAGCCGUCUGCCGAGUUCCAGCGGGCCGCCUGGCGCGCCCUGGGCGCCCUGGCCACCACCCUGCGUGAGCGCGGCCACCGCGCCGCCGCCCAGCCCUGGAGGGUGCUGAAAACCGCCAAGGGAGGCUCCGCCGGCCGGGGCACAGCCCUGAGGGGUGGCUGUGAUUCUGAAAUGGUCAUCUUCCUCGACUGCUUCAAGAGCUACAAGGACCACAGCGUCGAUAGGGCAGAGAUCCUCAAAGAUCUGUGGGACCUGCUGCAAUCUUGGUGGCAGAAACCCAUCCCCGGUCUGAACUUUGAGACUCUUUGGCAGGACAGGCCCGGGGUCCUACAGUUCCGCCUGGCAUCCACGGACCUUGAAAACUGGAUGGAUGUUAGCUUGGUGCCGGCCUUUGACGCUCUGGGGCAGCUCUGUGCUGGUGCCAAACCUGCGCCCCAGGUCUACUCGACUCUCAUCCACAGUGGUUGCCAGGGGGGCGAGCACGCAGCCUGCUUUGCAGAGCUGCGGAGGAACUUCGUGAACGUUCGUCCGGCAAAACUGAAGAGCCUGAUCUUGCUGGUGAAGCACUGGUACUGUCAGGUAUGCCAGGAGGAAGGGAAGAGGGAGAUGCUGCCUCCAGCCUAUGCCCUGGAGCUGCUGACCAUCUUCGCCUGGGAGCAGGGCUGUGGGAAGGAUGCCUUCAGCCUGGCCCAAGGCCUCCGGACCGUCCUGGGCCUGAUCCAGGAGUAUCGGCAGCUGUGUGUUUUCUGGACGCUCAACUAUGGCUUCGAGGACCCUACAGUCAGGAGCUUCUUGAGUUCCCAGCUGAAAAAACCCAGGCCUGUGAUCCUGGACCCGGCUGACCCCACGUGGGAUGUUGGGAAUGGAGCCACGUGGCACUGGGAUAUACUGGCCAGAGAGGCAGAGUCCUGCUAUGAGCACCCGUGCUUUCUGCAGGCGGCAGGGGACACUGUGCAGCCCUGGGAGGGAACCGGCCUUCCACGUGCUGGGUGCUCAGGUUUAGACCACCCCAUCCAGCGAGACGAUGCCCAGAGGACCCCUGGGAACAGCAGCAGUCUCAAUGCUGUGCCCCCAAGGGCAGGAAGCAGGCAGCCCUCAUGGCCAGCUCCCCGACCCCCAGGGCCAGACAGCAUCACCCCUUCUACGCUGGGGAGGGCUGUGGAUCUGUCUCAGAUCGCCACCAAGGACCUGGACCGCUUCAUCCAGGACCACUUGAAACCAAACCCCCAGUUCCAGAAGCAGGUCGGCAAGGCCAUCAAUGUCAUCUUGGGUUGCCUCCGAGAGAAGUGUGUCUACAAGGCCUCGAGGGUCAGCAAGGGGGGCUCCUUUGGCCGGGGCACAGACCUGAGGGGUAGCUGUGAUGCCGAACUGGUCAUUUUCCUCAACUGCUUCGAGGACUACAGGGACCAAAGGGCCCGCCGCCCAGAGAUCCUUCAGGAGAUGCAGGCACAGCUGGAAGCCUGGUGGCAGGACCCAGUCCCCGGCCUGAGCCUCGAGUUUCCUGAGCAGACCGUGCCCGAGGCUUUGCAGUUCCGGCUGGUGUCUACGGCCCUAGAAAGCUGGAUGGAUGUGUGCCUGAUGCCCGCCUUUGAUGCCGUGGGGCAGCUCUGUGCUGGUGCCAAACCUGCGCCCCAGGUCUACUCGACCCUCCUCCAGAGCGGCUGCCAGGGGGGCGAGCACGCGGCCUGCUUCGCAGAGCUGCGGAGGAACUUCGUGAACGUUCGUCCAGCAAAACUGAAGAGCCUGAUCCUGCUGGUGAAGCACUGGUACCACCAGGUCGCAGCCCAGAACAAAGGACAGCAGCCAGCCUGUGCCUCUCUGCCUCCGGUCUAUGCCCUGGAGCUCCUGACCAUCUUCGCCUGGGAGCAAGGCUGUGGGGAGGAUUCUUUCAAAAUGGCGCAAGGCUUAAAGACUGUUCUAGAGCUUGUCCAGCAGCACCAGCAGCUCUGUGUCUACUGGACAGUCAACUAUAGCUUCGAGGACCCAGCGAUCAGAACACAUCUUCUUGGCCAGCUUCAGAAACCAAGACCCCUGAUCCUGGAUCCUGGUGACCCCACCUGGAAUGUGGGCCAGGGCAGCUGGGAGCUGUUGGCCCAAGAAGCAGCAGCUCUGGAGACUCAGGCCUGCUUGAGGAGUAGGGAAGGCACAUCUGUACAGCCAUGGGAUGUGAUGCCUGUUCUCCUUUACCAAACCCCAGCUGGGGACCUUGACAAGUUCAUCAGUGACUUUCUCCAGCCCAACCGUCAGUUCUUGGCUCAAGUGAACAAGGCUGUUGAUACCAUCUGCUCAUUUCUGAAGGAAAACUGCUUCCAGAAUUCUGCCAUCAAAGUGCUCAAAGUGGUCAAGGGUGGCUCUUUAGCCAAAGGCACAGCUCUGCGAGGCCGCUCGGAUGCAGAUCUAGUGGUGUUCCUCAGCUGCUUCAGCCAGUUCGCUGAGCAAGGGAACAGGCGGGCUGAGAUCAUCUCAGAGAUCCGAGCCCAGCUGGAGGCAUGUCAGCAGAAGUUGCAAUUGGAGGUGAAAUUCGAGAUCCCCAAGAGGAAGAACUCCCGCGUAUUGAGCUUCUCCCUGAAGUCCCAGACGAUGCUGGAUCAGAGUGUGGACUUUGACGUGCUGCCGGCCUUUAACGCCUUAGGCCAGGUGGUCUCCAGCUACAGGCCCCCGUCUCAAGUCUACGUGGACCUCAUCUACAGCUACAACAAUGCGGGCGAGUAUUCCACCUGCUUCACUGAGCUGCAGCGAGACUUCAUCAUCUCUCGCCCCACUAAGCUGAAGAGUCUGAUCCGACUGGUGAAGCACUGGUACCGGCAGUGCAACAAGAUGCCCAAGGGAAGAGGCUCCCUGCCCCCCCAGCAUGGGCUGGAACUCCUGACGGUGUACGCCUGGGAGCAGGGUGGGCAGAGCGCCCAGUUCAACAUGGCCCAGGGCUUCCGCACCGUCCUGGAGCUGGUCAGCCAGUACCGUCAGCUCCGUGUCUACUGGACUGUCAACUACGAUAACGAGGACAAGACUGUCAGAGACUUCCUGAGCCGGCAGCUUCGCCAGCCCAGGCCCAUCAUCCUGGAUCCAGCUGACCCGACAGGCAACCUCGGCCAUAAUGCUCGCUGGGACCUGUUGGCCACAGAAGCUACAGCCUGCAUGUCUGCCCUGUGCUGCACAGACAGGGAUGGCACCCCCAUCCAACCAUGGCCAGUGAAGCUGCCACCACAGCCUCCGGCAGGAGCAAUGGGAAUCUGGGGGUCGCAUCUGUACUCUGUGCAGCCAGAGAGGCUGGACGAAUUGAUCCAGAACUCCCUGAGGCCCUACGGAGAAUGCCAGAAACAGAUAGAUGACGCCGUGGACACCAUCUGUGCCGCCCUGCAGGAAACGGAGCAGAUCCCCACCGCACUAAGUGUGGUUCGAGGUGGCUCCUAUGGCAGGAAAACAGUGUUGAGGGGCAACUCAGAUGGGAUGAUUGUCAUCUUCGUCAGUGACCUUGAGCAGUUCCAGGAUCAGAAAAAAAGCCAAGAUAAAAUCCUCAACAAGAUCUGGCAGCUUCUGAAAACCUGUCAGCUCACCAUGAAGCUGCCGGCCAAAAUGGAGGUCCAGAGGUUCAGAGAUGGGCUCAUCUUCCAGCUGUCCACAAAAUGGCAGAGCAUCACUUUUGAGGUGCUGCCUGCCUACAAUGCUCUGGGCUUAAGCGAGAAGCCCAGCACCCAGAUCUAUCGAGAGCUCAAAAGAGUCUUGGACAUGACAAAAGCCCACCCCGGCGAGUUUUCCAUCUGCUUCACAGAACUCCAGCAGAAGUUUUUUCACAAAUGUCCCAGGAAACUGAAGGAUUUGAUCCUCUUGGUGAAGUAUUGGUACCAACAGUGCCAGGAAAAGCUGAAAGGUUCACCUCUGCUGACCAUGUAUGCCCUAGAGCUCCUGACAGUCUAUGCCUGGGAACAGGGGUGCGGAGCAGAAAACUUUGACAUCGCCGAAGGCAUCAGAACUGUCCUGGGGCUAAUCAGACAGCAGGAGCAGCUGUGUGUCUAUUGGAUAGUCAACUACAACUUUGAGAAUGAGACAGUCCGGAAUAUUCUGCUGAGCCAGCUCCGGUCGUCGAGGCCAGUAAUCUUGGAUCCAACUGACCCAACCAAUAAUGUGAGCAAAGAUAACGCAUCUUGGCAACUGCUAAAGCAAGAAGCUCAGAGCUGGUUGUCUGCUCUCAGCCCGAAUGAGUCACCUGGACCAUCAUGGAAUGUUCUGCCAGCACCGCUGUACGCAACCCCGGGCCAUCUUCUAGAUAAGUUUAUCAAGGACUUUCUACAGCCCAACAAAAACUUCCUAGGCCAAAUCGCGGUAGCUGUUGACUUCAUCUGUAAAUUCCUUCAAAAAAAUUGCUUCCAACAUUCAGCUACAAAGGUUCAGAAGACCGUCAAGGGAGGGUCGACCGGCAAAGGCACAGCUCUGAAGACUGGCUCCGAUGCCGACCUCGUCGUGUUCCCAGACUCGCUUAAAAGUUACACCUCCCAAAAAAACGAGAGAUGCCGUAUCAUCAAGGAAAUCCAUAAACAGCUAGUAGCCUGUCAGCAGGAGAAAGAGUUUGCAGUGAAGUUUGAGAUUUCAAAAUGGAAGGCUCCCAGGGUGCUGAGCUUCUCUUUGAAAUCCAAAGUGCUCAACGAAAGUGUGAACUUUGAUGUGUUGCCUGCAUUUAAUGUGCUCGGUCAGGUGAAUUCUGGCUCCCCACCCAGCCCCAAGAUCUACGCUGAGCUCAUCGAUCUGUAUAAAUCCUCAGAUGCUGAGGGAGGAGAGUUUUCCACCUGUUUCACGGAGCUGCAAUGCAGCUUUGUGGCCUCCCGGCCCACCAAAGUGAAAGAUUUAAUUCGUCUGGUGAAGCACUGGUACAAACAGUGUGAAAGGAAACUGAAGCAAAAGGGGUCUCUGCCCCCAAAGUACGCCUUGGAGCUGCUCACCAUCUACGCCUGGGAGCAGGGGAGUGGGGCAGAGAAUUUCGACACCGCGGAAGGUUUCCGGACAGUCCUUGAGUUGGUCACAAAAUAUCAGCAGCUCUGUGUCUUCUGGACAGUCAAUUACAACUUUGAGGAUGAGACUGUGAGGAACUUCCUACUCACCCAGAUCCAGAAAACCAGGCCCGUGAUUUUGGAUCCAGCUGAACCUACUGGUGACGUGGGUGGAGGGGACCGAUGGUGUUGGCAUCUCCUAGCAAAAGACGCUACCGAAUGGUUGUCCUCCUUCUGUUUCAAAGAUGGAACUGGAUAUCCCGUGCAAUCCUGGAAAGUGCCAGUAAGAAUAAUCUAAAGAAAGUUUCCCCUGGAGAUUACCCUGUGACAAGCUAAAAUCAAAGAGCUUUUCCUGCUGUAGCAACUUGGAAUUCAUUCAGUCUCAAAUAACAGCCCAACUCAGGAGCUGAGAAUAAAACAAAACAGGU